GGUGAAGGGUUCACGAAGAAUAAAAAAGAGUGUACAACGAUAACGAGUUGUCCCUUAUAUAUAAAAGACACACGAAGAACAUCAGUAUCACACGUUACCUCUCUAACUUCCUCAGUUUACCACUUCAGCAUGCUGCUCGUUACCUUACUUGCGGUUGUGGCCGUGGCCGGCGCGACGCCCGCCGUCCCUCGUGCGGCGCAGGCCAUGUAUAACCCUCACCUCUUCCAGGGUGACAUCAAGGGUAUCGCAGGCCAGGAGCCAGGAAAGGAGCGAGCUGCCAUCCUUGGAGAACAGUACCUGUGGCCAGGCGGCGUCGUUCCCUAUGUGUUCGGAAGUUCUGUCAACAGCUCCCAGAGGUCCCUCAUCCUUUCCGCCAUGGCCGACUUCCACGCUCGCACCUGCAUCCGCUUCGUCGAGAGGACCACUCAGUCCAACUACAUCGAGAUCGUCACUAAUGACAGCGGAUGCUGGUCGUACGUGGGCACCAUCGGAGGCAAGCAGAGGGUCUCCCUGGACUCCAACGGCUGCAUCUACAAGGGCACGGCCAUCCACGAGCUCAUGCACGCCAUUGGCUUCUACCACGAGCACUGCCGCAACGACCGCGACUACUAUGUCACUAUUCACUACGAGAAUGUGCAGGCAGGCAUGGAGUCGCAGUUUAACAAGGACACCUACUGGCAGUACGUUGGCGAGGGCUACAACUACGAGAGCAUCAUGCACUACGGAACCUACGCCUUCUCCGUCCAGUGGGGCGUCGCUAAGACCAUCGUCCCCACUGACCCCAACGUGAUCCUCACUGAAGCCUACGAAAAAUUCCAGAUGGCUCAGUCCGACGCCAACCAGAUCAACAACCUGUACAGGAACCAGUGUUCGCUCUAACUUGCCAUCCAGAACAUCUGUCCGUAGGCAGGCACACCCGCAAUAGGAAGAAGUGAAACAAGGUCUAAAUGUUGUACUUAUUUUAGACCAUGGAAUUGAAGGGCUUCGGGUGUGUGCGAUGAUCGAUAACAAUAAAACGCUGUUUCGCUUAUA